UUUCUAUAUAAUAAUAACAUUAUUUCCCAUCGAAUGGCCAUAAUUGAAUUAUUGUCAAGGUAUUAUAUAUGUUUUGCGACUGAUUCCCGCGAUGGUCGUAGAAAAAUAGUAUCAUUUCCACCAAAAAAACCGUCGCCGGCAACAGCUUAACGGGACGUUUUUGUUUGCUUUUUGUUAACCGUGUUUUCAACGACGAGGCAUUGAUAUACACUUGAACACAAGAAAAUGUCUCAAUUCUUAGAUUCAGAAGCCGAAGAGAGCGAAGACGAAGAAUUAGAUGAGAUCGAUAAGAAAAAAUCCAAAAGACUCAAAGCAAUGGAAAGCGAUGAUGACGACGACGAAGAUGAUGAGGAAAGAAUUCGGGAGGAGUUAAAAGAUUUAAUUGACGACAACCCUAUUGAAGAAAGCGACGGGUCGGGUGACGAAAGUGAUGGGUCUAAAAAAAGAAAAAAAUCUGAUGAUGAUUUUGAUGAUCGGCUUGAAGAAGAUGACUACGAUCUUAUUGAAGAAAAUUUAGGUGUAAAAGUAGAACGCAGAAAACGUUUUAAACGUUUACGGCGUUUGGAAGACGAAGAAAGUGAUGAUGAGGGGCACGGUGAAAAUCCUGCCGAAGAUCGUGAAGUUAUUGCUAACCAAUUGUUUGACACGUCGGAUAAUGAAGAAGACAGAAGAUCUGAUCGCGCCCCUUCCAGAGCCGAGCGUGUUGAUAAUUACAAUAUCGAAGGUGACGAAGAAGGAGAAGAGUACUCCGAUGAGGACGACGAUGGUUUCAUCGUUGAUGAUGAAGGACGACCAAUUAAAGAGAAAAAGAAAAAACGCAAGCACGUUUACCAUGAUGCUGCUCUUCAAGAAGCUCAAGAUAUUUUUGGUGUGGACUUUGAUUAUGAUGAAUUUGAAAAGUACGAUGAUGAAUAUGAAGAAGACGCUUCUGACGACGAUUAUUUGGAGGAUGACGAGGACGGUGAAAGGAGACACAGGCCGAAAACGCAAAAGCGGAGAAAGACCACUAGGAAAUCUAUUUUUGAAAUUUACGAACCCAUCGAACUUAAAAGAGGGCACUUUACCGAUUUAGAUAAUAAAAUCCGUAACAAUGACAUACCAGAAAGAAUGCAAUUACGUGAAGUCCCAGUGACACCGGUUCCUGAAGGUUCGGAUGAGUUAGAGGAUGAAGCAGAAUGGAUAUACAAGCAAGCGUUUUGUAAACCUACGCUUUCCACACAAGAAAACAAAGGCGGAGCUGAUCCUCGAAUUCAAUCUAAAAAAGGGCCGCAGACAAUAGGAAAAAUUAAAAAAGCAUUAGAUUUCAUGCGCAAUCAGAACUUUGAAGUGCCAUUUUUAGCUUACUACCGUAAAGAAUAUGUCGAACCUGAAUUAGACAUUAAUGCAUUAUGGCGAGUUUAUCAUUUUGAUGGAAAAUGGUGUCAGCUAAAAUCACGUAAAACCACACUAAUUGAAUUGAUGGAAAAAAUGCGUAACUAUCAAAUGGAAAUGUUAAUGGUGGACACAAACGCGCCGAUGCCAGAUCACAUACGUAUCAUAAAGGAAGAGGACAUUGAUAAAUUACGUGGUGUACAGACAAACGAAGAACUCAAAGACAUCCAAGGACAUUUUAUGUUGUACUACGCUAGUGACGUGCCUGCGAUGCAGGAGAAUGUGAGAAAAAAAGCAAUAGAAAGGAAAAGAAGGAACAGGGAAAUGCGAGAAGAAAAAAGAAAGUUAGCCUUGGAGGCCGGCGAAGAAGUACCUGAAGAAUUGGAAGACACUGGCGAUUUAGAAGAUGAAGAAGACAAUACAGAAACUGUUAAACCCGCGAGCAGUUCUGGUCCAUAUACUAUGUGCCUCAAAGCUGGACUUGCCGGGUUUGCUAAACGGUUUGGUUUAAAACCUGAACACUUCGCUGUAAACGUUCGCGACAAUUACCAAAGACACGAAGUAGAUCAAGAAUCAGUCGAUCCCUACAAACUUGCCGGCGAAUAUUGCAAUGAUCUUCUGAAAACUGCCGAUGAAGUCUUAAAAGCGGGAAAAUACAUGGUGGCGUGUCAGAUAUCGCGUGAGCCACUCAUUAGGAAAUGUUUGCGAGAAACAUUUUUUGAUCGUGCUAAAAUGAAUAUUGUACCAACCAAAGCUGGUAUGAAAGAAAUUGACGAGAACCACAAUUGUUAUUCCAUGAAGUAUGUUAGACGCAAGCCUGUCAGAGAUCUGGUCAAGGACGACUAUUUAAAAUUACAAAUCGCUGAAGAAGACAAGUUACUCACCAUCACUUUCGACGAAGAAGUAGAUGGCUUAGGUUCGCUUCCGUAUAUUGAAGAAGUCAAACAGCUUUACAUUAGAGACGAGUUUAGCUCCAACGUCCAACAGUGGAACGAUCUACGUCGUGAAUGUGUCGACAUUGCGUUUAGAAAAUUGUUGAUGCCUGAAAUGGUUAAAGAAUUAAAACGCAAUUUGCUUGCUGAAGCAAAAGAACAUGUGCUCAAGGCAUGUAAACAUAAAUUAUCCAAUUGGUUGUCUGUGGCUCCGUAUAAACCCGAGGUGGAUGAAGAAGACGACGACUGGGACACGAGCAAAGGCAUCAGAGUAAUGGGAUUAGCUUACUCACCUGAUCACGAACAAGCAUCGUUUGCUUGUAUUUUAUCGACCGAUGGCGAAGUGUUAGAUCAUUUGCGAUUGCCCUACAUAAUGAAACGACCAUUUAACGAUGACGUCAAAGCCAAAAGAGAUGCGGAUUUCAACCAUAUAAGGAAUUUCUUAUUGGCCAAAAGACCACACUUGAUUGUGGUCGGAGGAGAAUCCAGGGACGCUCUUUGGGUGGUCCGAGAUGUCAAAGCCGUUGUCGAUCAAUUGGUAAUUGACGAACAAUUUCCUCAAAUACAAGUGGAAAUUUUGGAUAAUCAUUUGGCUAAAAUUUUUGCAAAUUCCAUCAAAGGAGAGAAUGAAUUUAGAGAUUACCCACAACUUUUACGCGAGGCCAUAUCGUUAGGUCGAAGGAUGCAAGAUCCCUUAGUCGAGUUUUCACAGUUGUGUACGACAGACGACGAAAUAUUAUGUCUUCGAUAUCAUCAGUUCCAAGAGAUGAUGAGCCAGGAAGAAUUACUUGAAGGAUUAAACCAAGAGUUCAUAAAUCGCACUAAUGAAGUCGGUGUCGACAUUAACGACGUUGUUCAGCGUGUUUACGCGCCUAACUUACUGCAAUUUGUGUGUGGAUUAGGGCCCCGCAAAGCCACAGCUCUAAUCAAACUGAUGAAGCAAACGAAUCAAAGACUGGAAAAUCGUACCCAGCUGGUAACUUCGUGUCAUAUGGGCCCGAAGAUAUUUAUCAAUUGCGCUGGUUUCAUCAAAAUAGACACCAACUCACUGGGAGACAGCACUGAAUUGUACGUGGAAGUGUUAGACGGCUCGAGAGUGCACCCGGAAACAUAUGAAUGGGCUAGAAAAAUGGCCGUUGACGCUCUGGAGUAUGACGACGAAGAAGCCAAUCCGGCGGGUGCUCUCGAAGAAAUUUUGGACGCACCAGAAAGACUUAAGGAUUUAGAUUUAGAUGCGUUUGCCGAAGAACUAGAAAGACAGGGCUUCGGAAACAAGAGUAUCACGUUAUACGACAUCCGCCAAGAGUUAAACCACCGAUACAAAGACGUAAGAAUACCGUACAAACCACCCAAUGCUGGACAGCUGUUUGAACUCUUGACUAAAGAAACCCAAGAAACUUUCUAUGUCGGGAAAAUGAUAUUAGCCACAGUAACAGGAAUCGCACGCAGGAAACCGCAAAAUGAUCAACUCGAUAAAGCAAAUCCUGUGAGAAAUGAUGAAACUGGACUGUGGCAAUGUCCAUUUUGUUUUAACAACGAGUUUCUUGAAUUAUCCGACGUGUGGAAUCAUUUUGACGCUGGCGGUUGUCCAGGUCAGGCAUCUGGAAUUCGUAUAAGAUUAGAUAAUGGCAUUAACGGUUUCAUAGCCAUGAAGAAUUUGUCCAACACUCAUGUUGCCAACCCUGAAGACCGUGUCCGCUUUAACCAAGCCAUACAUUGUCGGGUCAUUAAAAUUGAAGCCGAAAGGUUUUCGUUUGAAGCCACGUCGAAAAGUUCCGAUUUGAAAGAUGAAGAACACAAUUGGCGCCCUCCAAAAGAUCCUUACUACGAUCAUGAAAUGGAAACUCGUCUGAAAAAGGUUGAAAUAGACAAGAGCAAAUUGAAAAAUGCCCAGACCUACAUUAAACGUGUCAUUGUGCACCCUUGUUUCCAUAACGUAUCGUUCUCAGAGGCCGUGAAACUACUGCACAAUUCUGAACAAGGUGACGCAAUCAUAAGACCUUCGAGUAAGGGCGCCGACCAUUUAACUGUUACCUGGAAGGUGGCUGAUAAUGUAUAUCAGCAUAUUGACAUACAAGAAAAGGGUAAAGUUAAUGCUUUCUCGCUUGGACGUUCGCUUUGGAUUGGCAGGGAAGAGUUUGAAGACUUGGACGAAAUUAUUGCCCGUCAUAUUACUCCAAUGGCGUCCAAUGCCAGGGAACUGCUGAGGUUUAGAUACUACCGGGAUACAGAUGGUGGAAACAUUGAAAAAGCCGAGCAAAUAUUACGAGAAGAACGAGCUAAUAACCCUUCAAAAAUCCACUAUAUUGUAUCUGUUUCACAGAAAUAUGCUGGCAAGUUCCUUCUAUCUUGUUUACCUACUCGGAGAUCUAAACAUGAAUACAUAACAAUCACACCGGAAGGUUAUCGAUUCCGCAGUCAAAACUUUGAUUCUAUUGCAUCCUUAUUCCGAUGGUACAAAGAACACUUCCGCGACGCUACACCUCAUGUUACGCCAAUGACAGCACGAUCGUCAGGUCAACCUUACAGACCUUCUCCCAACAUGGAACCUUCACCGAUGAACCGAAGUCACAGUAGUCACUCGAAUACGACCCCUCAAUACUCCCAGUCCCCGCACGCCACUUAUAGUAAUAUGCAUCAGUCUGUAUAUAAUACCCCAUACACGCCAUCUGGGCAAACACCGUAUUUAGGAAAUUAUACCACUCCUCGGUACGGAGCAACUCAACCGCCAGUGCACGACGGCGUAUUUUUGCAUCCUAGCUCUCUCACUCCGAUCGUUCAGAGUAGUCCAAAACCAUCUUCUACACCUACUAGGCAGCCGGUACAAUCUGCCGAUCCUAACGAUUGGCGACGGAUGGCAGAAGAAUGGGCCAAAGCUAAACAGCGAGGCGACGGCGGCUUUACCACGCCCAAUGCUGAUAGUGGAGGACGGCACACUCCACGUAGCAGGUAUAACAACCAUCGUUAUAGCAGCGGGAACCGAGAAAGAGCGAUGAGUACUCCGCGCAGUGACGCUCCAUCGCCAACGCCGAGUGCAUCAUCUUUCGGAUAUCAGUCUCCUGCGCCGCCACCGCCCUCAAGAGGAUACAAAAACAGUUUCAACGCUUCGUCCAAAUCACCUCGUGGUCCUUCGUCCAAUGUCGGCACGCCGUACGAUCCAUUCACAAUGGAUCCUGGAAAGGAUUCACCAUCGUCGUCGUCACGAUCCGGACGCCACGAUGAAAUGACAUUAGACAUGAGAUACGCUUCGCCCGGGAACAGGUGGACACCGAGAUCUGGUCGUUCGACGCCCCACACUAUAAACAGCCCUAGGUCAAUGAUUGAAUCUACGAUGGGUGAUAAUACGCCGCUGUACGAUGACUCUUAAAUGAAUUUCAAAUAACCCUUACAUUUUUUUUUUUAAUUCUUUUUAGCUCAGUACUAUUUUUUUUUUUUUUUAGUUAUAAAUAUAUAUUUUUUUACAAGGUAUAUAGGUUUCAAUAAUUAACAUUGUACUCGGGUUUUCAGUACGAGUAAUUUAAUAUUGCGUUGUAGCUAAUACACCGAUGGGCGUUAUUAUAAUAAAAUGUAAAAUAUUCGCAUCGUUG